AUGACUCGUUCUUCAUACUGUUUUGCAAUCUUUCUAUUCAUUCUCUCUGUUGUCAUACAUCUUCCAAGUCUAGUAUGGUGUACUAGCGGUGGCUUUUCCGUAGAGCUGAUCCAUCGCGACUCCCCCAAGUCGCCGUUGCAUGACCCAAAUUCCACGCCUUCCUCCCGCAUUCGUGCGGCUGCUCAGCGCUCACGUUCUCGUGCCAUCUACUUUCGAGAUGCUAUCCGCAAAGCCCAUCUAUCUUCCUCUGCAAUCCCCAUGGACGAUGCAAGUAACUUCUAUUCGGAGAUCACCCCAAACACCUUUGAGUACCUCAUGAGCUUCUACCUUGGCACAAGAUCCUCGCCAUCGCAGACACAGGCAGUGAUCUCAUAUGGGUCCAAUGUGCCCCCCUGCAAAGACUGCUACCCUCAGAGUGCCCCUCUUUUCGACCCGCAAUCUUCCUCUAGCUAUAAAACAAUCCCUUGCAAUACUGAUUCUUGCUCGAUACUUCCACAAAGCAGUUGUGACUCCUCCUCCCAGUGCUACUAUCAAUAUGGUUAUGGUGAUAAGUCAAUUGUCGAAGGCAUUCUUUCUACAGAAACAAUAGGCUUUGACUCUACGAGUGGUCGUCCAGUACAAAUCCCCACAACCCUCUUCGGUUGCACCCAUCAAAGCAAUGGCACAUUUGACAAGAAUGAUGCUGGACUUGUUGGCCUUGGUGGAGGAAAGCUCUCUCUCAUCCGCCAGCUUGGCUCUACCAUUGGCAACAAGUUUUCCUAUUGCAUGCCCUCAUCAACCCAAACCUCUGCAAAUAGUCAGCUCAACUUUGGCUCCAAUGCAGUUGUCUCUAGCUCCAACGCAGUUACCACACCCUUGAUCUCAGGUUCCCCAGACACAUUCUACUUCCUUAACCUUGAGCAUAUUAGUGUCGCUGGCAAGACUGUCACCGUUGGGAAGCCCAUCCAAGCAAAGGGGUCAGCUCAAGGCAACAUCAUCAUAGACUCAGGCACAACUCUCACACUUAUUGAUGAUAAUACACUACAAUCUGGGGAGAGCGACGUGAAAAGUAGUAUCAACCUUCCCCAGGUCAAAGAUCCAAAUGGUGUCUUCAACCUUUGCUUUGAUGUCUCUGGGACUGGUGCUUCAGCUCAAUUUCCAGAGAUCACCUUUGAAUUUUCUGGUGGUGCAUCAGUAGUCUUGCAACAACCCAAUGCAUUUGUGGAGGCCGAGCAGAAUAUUUUAUGCCUUGCCAUGAUUUCUAGUGGCACCAUAGCCGACUCUAUCAACAUAUUUGGUAAUAUUGCACAACAAAACUUUCAUAUCGGCUAUGACCUUGCCACCAUGCAACUAACCUUCGCACCAACCAAUUGCGCCACAACAUAG